AGAGAGAGAGAGAGAGAGAGAGAGAGAUGGGAAAAUGCAACUAGAAAAAAAGGUUUGGGGACCGUUUUCAGGUUGAAUUAAAGGUGAGGGGGUUCUACCUAAUUUUUCAGACUUGUGACUUCGAUGAUAUCCGGUCCACCGAGUCGACGGCUCGUCAGAUCCACCGAGUGGUCAGCUCGCGAGUCGCGAGUCCCCUCUCUGAAUCCCCUCUCUCUCUCUCUAUAGCUCUCUCUCUAUCUCUCUGGCGCACACAAACACGCACAAACACAACCAGAUCGGGGAGAGAGAUGCCGGGGCCGGGGGCGCACAUGAUGUACGCGCUGGGGGCGGGGGCGGGGCUGAUGCGGGUCAGUCGAGGGCGCUUUGGGCCCCACCACUGCCUCGUCUACGCCGCCAACGCCUUCCUCGGCCCCGACCUCGGCUCCUUCGCCGAGUGGCUCUCCUCGUCGUCGUCCUCCUUCGCCCGCUCCGUCGGGUCCCUGGCCAUGUCGGCGAUCCACCACCCCUUGUACUACCCGCUCCUCCUCGGCCUCCCCCUCUCCCUCCUCUACUCCUCCCUCUCCCUCCGCCUCCUCCGCUCCGGACUCCUCCACUCCCCCUCCGGGGCUCCUCUGAGCAAGCUGCAGUGCUUCUUGCUGCUCUCUGCCGGCUCCCUCUCGCAUUUCUUUCUGGACCACUUGUUCGAGGAAAAUGGUCACUCUUCAACGUAUACCUGGGUAUUGAGUACAGGUUGGUGGAAAGGCCCAGCUCCUAUCAACCCUGAUGCAGUUGUGGUUGUCGGAUUGCUAUGCACUUUCUUAAUCGGGGGAUUUAUAUACAUCAACAGGGUGAAGCAUGAGAAAUCUAUAAUCUCAAAAUCGAAUCAAUCGUUGAGACUUGUCCUGGGGAUAGCAAUACUGUACUGCAUGUGGUGUGCCAGCCAAAUAUACUUGCGAAAUCCUCCGCAGCCCGCAAUAGGUGAAGAGGCUGAUCUUGGAGUUAUAAUUUUCCUCGGCAUCUACUUUUUCCUACCGCAUAGCUUCUUAAUCCUUUCGAUGAACCAAAGAGAUUACGCCGAUGGAUCUGAUCAACUUCCGCAAUAGAUAUGUUGGUGUGCUUCAUCUGAUGAAUAUCACAAGGCGGCGUGAAGGAAAAAUGAAGUUAAUGUUUGGAGACUCAAAAAAGUUUGUUAUUGGAACAAUCUAUUGCUAAUUACAUGCUUACACAACUGCCAUGGAGUAAACAAGAACUUGUAUGCUUGCAGAUCUCAACAAAAACAGUUGUCAUUGGAUGCUGUUUGUUCCUAUUUGGAUAUUAUUUUCUUUAGUUGAUGGUUUGCUUAUCAGUGUACACAAUUAUACGAUAUCGAUAUUAAUCUUUCUUUUGGGAAAGCUGAAUCAUUA